ACUUCAUACGAAAGUGGGUGUUCGAUACAGCACUAAAUACAACUAAUAAUUAUUUUUAUGAUAUAUGGGAGACAUGAACUCAUGAAAAUUAACUAUGGAGGGACUGCCUUCUGGAGACAUUCAGGCCAAGUACCAAAAAUUAGCGGCAGAGUAUUCAAAACUGAGGGUUCACGUUAAAGUAUUGAAGAAAGGCGUACUAGAUGAACAGGCUAAAUCAAAUGAACUACGAGAAUCUUUGAAGGAGAAGGAAAAAACGUUACGGAAGGGUGAACUCGAAAUUGAUUCACUAACGUUUAGAAACCAGCAGCUAACGCGCCGCGUCUCCGUCCUUCAAGAUGAACUUGAUACUCUGCAGAAUAAAUUAAGCAAAAAGUCAAAAAGUAAAGGUGAUGACAAGGUAGCAACUACAAGUAAUUCACAAGCAUUAGAUGCAGGUCUUCUACAGGAAGAGUUGCAAAAGAAAAUCAUUGAAAAUGCCCAGUAUGCGUCUCAGCUUUCAGAUAAGACAUUUGAAGUAUCUCAGCUUCAAGCCACAAUAGACGAUUACCAAAGGCAUAUCAAUGAAAGCGAGAGUAAAUAUAAAUGUGAUAUUGCAAAAUUAAAAAAUAAAAACCAGGAGCUUCAAUUUUCAUUAGAAGGUGUACAAAAGGAAAGACUAGGAGUGACACCAAAGGCCCAAACAAGUAGUCAAGCUGCCAGUUGUAAUGGCGACUUUCUGUCUGAAGCUGGAAGCUUGGUUGGCAGUGAAGAUGCACUUAGUUCUGUAGAUGAUUUAAAUGUCAACGAACAGCUUAGUACAAAAACACACAACUUAGAACAGGAAAAUCAAAAAUUACGGAUGGAAUAUGAAUUGUUACAAAUGGAGAACGAAAGUCUAAAACUAGAAAUAGGUAAAUAUGUGUCGGCAUCGCAAAAGAGGAGAGGAGAGACGCAUGACUCUGGAGACUUCAACUGCUUUAGCGAAACUUCUGUAGACGCGGAGGGCAGAGUGACGGGUCUCCUGGGCAGCUUAGAAGUACCGUUCCUUAUAAGCCACGAGCUGCUACAGCGUGAGGAACGUGUGCAGGCCUACUACCGCGCUAAGCUGAGUGAGCUGAGCGCGCAGCUAGACAUACGAGAGAGCAAGACUGAGCAUUAUGUUAAAGAGUGCGAGAUGCUUCGGCAACGAUUCGAAGUGAUGGAACUGGAAAAGGAGACCGACGCUAACACGAUACAGGACAAACACAACACCAUCAGCAGAUUGGAAGAGGAGCUACAAUCGACGUCGCGGAACUACGAGCAGCAGUUAGGUGUACUCACGGAACACGUCGCUGCGCUUAAUGAGCACAUCGCGCGACAACACGACCAGCUCACGGUGUUGAAGCACCAACGCGACGGUAGGAGGAAGUAGCUCAUCCUUCUACAGUUACAGGUCUGAUCACCAGCCUGGCAUCGAAGAGCAUCAUCUAACACACCUAGAAACAUCACUUGUCUAUCUGUCUGUGACACUGUCAUAAUAUAUGAAACUUUGUUAAAUAGGUACUAUUUCAAAAGACUUCAAAAAAGCGGGCAGUACCCAAUUUCAGUCAAUAAGUGUUUUUUGUUGACCAUUAAACAAUUUAAUUCCAAUUUGCACUGGUGCUCAGUAUAUUAAUGUUAGAUAGCCUAAAAUAAUGCAAACUUUUUCUUUCUGAACCACACCUGUUCAGCUUAACUUGACGCCUGAGUGAUUAGUAAUUAGUGGGUAGCAUUGUUUCGUCAUGUAUUCUGAAAAGCCAAGAACAAUAACAAGAUGUCGAUCUUGGUCGCUUAUUCUGUGUUAUGGUGUGUUUUUAAUAUGAUCAAGUUAUAUUGCCGAAAGUGGUAGAAAUUAUAAGAGAGAAAAUAUUCUUCAAGUUUAGAAGAAAAGGCCAAGGUUUAUUAUAUUUUUGCCCUUAACAGGAUCACUCACCUGUUCAAAGAUUAGACUAAAGAAGACUAUCAUUUCUAGGGAAAGUUUUAGAAAUAU